GUAAAAGUUUUAGUUAAAAUACACAAAUUAAAUCGAAAAAAAUAAAUGGAAUUCACCAACGCAGCGGGCGAUCAGGCUACCUCGUUAGACAGUGAAGAAGAGGAAAACAAGGAGCGUGAAUUCAAGGUGGUCUUAAAUGAUAAUCAAAACCUUAUCAAGCGCUUGGAUGAGUUCAAGAAAGCAUGCGAUGAGCAUGACCGCCAUGCACGUAAGCGUUGCAAGCGUCGCUACUACAACAUUGGCUUGAUGGCGCGCAUUGUUAUGGAGACCACGGACGAUGAACUAAAGAGUCUGUUGAAGAACGGUGCACGCACAUUGCUUAUCGAUACAGUCACAUGUAGACGCAACGAAUUCGAACAGAUUCUGAUACGCGCGAAGACUAUAAUUGAUGAGUUACAAGCGGAAGAGCCUAGAAUACGUCUACCAAUCGGCAUAGCUUUACAAUUGCACGGUGACUGCUGCCGUAUAGGACGUUUACGCAACAAUUGCUCGGUGCUGCUACAUCGCAGCGACGUUAUGACAUUGACGCUUGACGAAUCGUACCGUUAUUCUAGUUACCGUGAAAUUGCAUAUGUACUAAAUUUGAAAUAUUACUUUAAAGCCUUAAAGCUUGGCGAUGUAUUGCUGCUGGGUAACGAGGUGAAGGGAAAGAUUGUGAAGAAACUUAAAAACAAUGCGACAAUUAUCAUUGAAGAUGCUGGUAUAAUCAAUUCAUACGAAUACAUCGAAUUGCCGAAUCAAUGUUAUGCCCUGCCAAAUGAAACGUUCCCUGAUCUCUUUAUGGACGAUUUGCAAUUAGCGGCUCAAGCGAAGGCGGACUUUAUUGUUUUGCCAUGCAUUCGGUGCAAACCAUUCCUACGUACUUUGCGUGCAAGUCUCAAAGAUGAAUUUGAUUUUAAAUUGAUCGGUACAAUAGAUCUACAAUUCGCCUGUUCUAAGAUGCUCGACUUGAUGGGCAUAGUUAAGUUACUCGAUUAUGUUUGGAUACAAGAUAUGUUUAGUGCUACUGCAUCAAUGCAAAAACACAUAUUUAACGAUUUAAUACCGUUGGCGAAGUGUUUAAGGAAGCCCAUAAUAGGCACAAUACCACUUGAACGUUGUAAUGAUUUUAAACGAUUUGAAAAUCAUGAUUUUCUAUGGCGCAUAGACACUAUGUUUAUACAAAAGAGUCCUUGGUGUAACAAAUAUCCACUGAUCGUGAAGAAAUUGUUGCCCCUAAAGGAUUUCCACAGAGCAGUUGUAGAGAAUACAAUGGCGUUAAAGAAUAGUUUGUCUUCUUAUCAGAGCAUAGUUAAUUUUAUAAUACGCACUAUUAGCUCAAUAGAGUGUCAGGCGAUUGUGGUGCACAGUAAGUGCGAAACUGCUGCCGUUGCAUUUGGACGUGUGGAAAUUUACUGUCCUGUUCUCAUGAUGUUGCCAUUUGAUGAUAUGGAGGAGAAAGAGUUUCAAUGCAAACUGAAAUUAGCAAAGGUGCUGAAUUUGCGAAGAAAUUUGCGUGGAAUUCUUUAUGCAAAAGAUAUGAAUCCAAACAAUCUUUGCCCUGUAGAAUAUGGCAUUGAAUAUGGGCGGUGUAGUGGUUUAUUGGAAACAGGAGACUUCGUAAUUACGCUGGAUGUUUGCAAGGAAAAUGAAGAUGAUGUGGAAUUUGGUGUUAUUGAAGACGUGGUUAUACUCCGCGCGUUUUAUCUACCACCAGCGCGGAUUGCCGAAAAAUUUAAAUACGCUUGAGUGCGAAAAUAGUAGGUUCAAUAAUUAAAUUCUAUGUCAUUUUAAACCUACAUAUUUUAUAAAUGUCUUACAUACGUAAUUUAGUAAACUUGU